UUUUACCUCCAAAUCAUGUAACGUAGUUCCUUAUCUAGUUAUAGGAAAGUGACUAUAGAACAUGUAUUCAAAACUAACUUGAUUGUGACAUGAAUGGUUCUUGAACCCUGUAUUGAACUUUAUUAGCUUGUUCAUGAGACACAAAUAAUGCACCAUUAAUUUGUUGACACAGUCAAGUUUAGAUUGCUUAUAAAGUAGCAAGCUCCUAUAUUAUUUGUCGGUGUGAUUUUGAAAUAAACCAAAAUGGCUUGUGGCAACUUUUACUUGUUACUUCUCAUUGUUUUUGGUGUUGUUCAUAGUGGACAUGGCCAGCUUUCACCAAAUUUCUAUUCCUCUUCUUGCCCAAAUGCUCUUAGUAUUGUUAAGCAAGGAGUGGCAAAAGCUAUAAAAAACGAGGCUCGAGUUGGAGCAUCGUUGCUUAGGUUGCACUUUCAUGAUUGCUUUGUCAAUGGUUGCGAUGGAUCAAUUCUACUAGAUGACACUUCAACAUUCACAGGUGAGAAAACUGCUAUACCUAAUAAUAACUCGGUUCGUGGAUUUGAGGUUGUGGACCAGAUUAAGGCCAAUUUAGAGAAGGCAUGCCCUGGAGUAGUCUCCUGUGCUGAUAUUCUUGCUCUUAUAGCUCGUGAUGCCGUUGUUUAUUAUGGCGGUCCUACAUGGAAAGUAGGAUUGGGAAGAAGAGAUUCUCUUACAGCAAACAGAAGUGCAGCCAAUGCCUUUAUACCUCAACCUUCUUUCAAUCUCAGUAAUCUCACUUCCAGUUUUGCCGCUGUGGGUUUAUCAUUCAAGGACAUGGUGGUCCUCUCUGGCGCGCACACAGUUGGAUUUGCUAGGUGCACAAGUUUCCGGUCACAUAUCUACAAUGACACCAAUAUUGAUGCCGCUUUCGCUAAAUCACUACAGAACAAGUGUCCUCGAAGUGGAAGCAACAACGUUUUGCAGCCCCUGGACUAUCAAACAAAGUUUCAAUUUGAUGAAAAGUAUUACCAGAAUUUACUGGUAAAGAAGGGGUUGCUUCACUCAGACCAGCAACUUUACAAUGGAAAUAAGGCUGAUUCCUAUGUUAAAAUGUAUGCAAUGAAGCAAGGCGAGUUCUUCAGCGAUUUUGCUGCUGGCAUGAUUAGAAUGGGGAACAUCAAGCCACUUACUGGAAGUAAUGGCGAAAUCCGGCGUUCUUGCCAUAAAACCAAUUAAGAAAAUACCAUGGCAUGGUUUUUUCAACUGUAUAUUGCCGUGAAUCCAAUUAAGAAAAUACCAAGGCAUGGUUAGUUUCAGUUAUAUACCUAUAACGGCUAUAAGUGUUGUUUAUGAUUGUGUAAUUCAGUCAAGCAGACACUGUAUUAUAACCCACACUAUACAACAAUAUUAUAAUCUGUCAAUAUGAAGAAUAAUGGUUAUAUA